UUGGCCGCAACAGAGGUCUUACCAUGAGCGCCUGUCUAUCUGGAAGUCAAUUGCAAACAGUGGCAAUGCACGUGCCAAUUGUUGCAGGCAUCGCUACUAAUACACGGCAAUCAAUUACCCCAGAACAGAGCGGCACUUCACUGGAAUCUUCAUUCUCGGCAUUGGCGAAUCAACUUGAUUCCUCUUUGGAACACACUCUUGUUGCGCAUGAAUCUGGAUGCCUAUGACGACAUUCCGAUACACUUCUUGAUACUUUUUGUUUUCUGUCUAUAUUUAGCUAUCAUUCACUUUGAUGUGUACUUCGAACUUCUUGUCACUUUUUGCCUUCUAUCUACAUUCACUUAUGAAUCACUUUGAUGUGUACUUCGAACUCGAGCUUCAACUCAGAUUCCAAUUUUACUUUUAAUACCACAUUUGUUGUAGUGGACAUAUUCAUUUUAGCAUAUAGAUCACCUUUGGAUUUGUACUUUUUACCUGUUUGAUGAUCCUAUCCUGUGCUCAUGUACAUUGACGACAUUGUGAUACAAUUCUUGGCAUUGUUUGUUUUCUAUAAUAUCAUUCACCUUGAUGUGUACUUCGAACUCGAGCU